AUGGCCCUCUGUUCUCUGCUACAGCCUAAUCCCUCUCAGUCCAUCGCAGCCUGCCUUCGGCCGGAGGUGUGUUUUUAUCUGUUUGUGUGUGUGUGUGUUCUUCCUCAGUUGAGCACCUGUCUGACGGCACUAAUAAAGACAGAGAAGGAGGCAGAGGUGCGGCGAGCUGCUGUCCACGUCAUUGCCCUGCUGCUCAGAGGCCUGAGCGACAAAGCCACCCAGGUCCUGAAUAAUGUUCUGCUGGACCUGGACCUGAAGUGGGCGGUGCGGUCGGACACUGAUGAUGUCACAGUUCACCAUGCUCAGCUGGCUCUGGAAGAACUCGAUGAUGUAAUGAGAAGGUUAAUCUUCCCUGCACAGAAACUGGAGAAGAAGGUGGUUUUACAAUGAGAUUCAUGAACAUGAACACAGCACACACACCAACCAAGCAGUAUUAGAUCAUCAAGGGGACCUUGGAAGUGUCUAGGAGUAAGGGAUUGUUCAAACUGGGCACGACAUUCCACCUUUUGUCCUAGUUCCCCCUGAAGGUGAAAGGUCAGACAUUAAAUGAUAGCUGAACUGUGUGUGAAACAUUACUUUCUCAACAAAUAGGGCACGUCUCUUUCACCCUCUGUCUGAGGUGGUGACUGUUUCCUUAGUAAUUUUAUCAGUGUUUGCAAUACAUGGAAUUCCCCCCAGCCAGCCUGUGUCAUGCUGUCUUUGUGACCAGAGGGGAAAUUAAGAGUAUUUUAUAACAAUGACCGAUCUAGGACUUCGGCAGAGGCACCAAACUUUCCUUCUGGAAACCACACCUGCUUGUGCCUAGGAAUCUUAUAAACAGCAUAUUAUUAGAGGUCAAAAUGAUUAGCUGAUAAUGUGUGUGCCUCUGAAUAAAAAGCCAUUACAGUGAAAUAAAAUGAAGGGAUAUGAGUUUCCUUUUGGAAUGAACCAAUGCAUGUUCUGUUGUUUUUAGCAUUGUUCUUUGCAGUGACCUCAGGCUUUUGUAGUUUGUUUUCUAGGGAGACAGCCCAAUGGAGUCCCAGCUGAAAAUAGCUCUGGAGCAGGGAUUCAGAGCCACGAGGGACUAACCAUGUACUCACCAGCGCAUAACUUUUAGCUUCCAGCAAUUAUCACAUAGGGAGGUAAAGUCUUUACACAAUGUACUCCCAUAUUCAUGAUCAUACUCAAGGUCAAUUAUUGUUAAACAAUUGGCUAGUCAUGCAAUGAUUGCAGUUGUAAGUUUAUUAAAUUGAGGACUAAACAGCAAAUACCUUAGAUAUAGGCAUGCCAUGGAGAUUAAUGUUUUCUUUAUUUGGAUACAUUUUCAUGUAUACACUUAUGGUCAUGUUAUGUCGUGAGUCAUUUCAUCAAAGGGCAAAGCUUAUCAAAAUCAAUCAGAUUUAAAAAAAAACAUAAAAAUACACCUUAUGGAACAGCGGGGACUGUGAAGAGACACACACA